UGGCCUCGAACUCACAGAGAUCCGCCUGCCUCUGCCUCCCGAGUGCUGGGACUAAAGGCGUGCGCCACCAACGCCCGGCUGGGCAACAUCUUUUUAUCAUGAGGAAAAUAUUAGUGAGAUGGAUUUGUCUACGUAACAUCUCCUGUAGACUUGCACUUAAGGUCUGUGGAGUGUGAUUCUUUGGUUGUUACCAUUUCCAUUAUUCUUUGGUGAAACUUUCCUCCUGAGUGCUGAAGACUAUGCUAGUGGCCAAAGUAAUCUUUCUUACUUACUGUCAAGACCAAUAGUACAACUGAUCCUCAGGUGUCACGGGGCUUGAGAGGACCCUCAGUCUCCUACAACCUUUUGUACCACUUGUCCAUCAAUAUGAGGAUGAGUCAAAGCCUUGCUUGGCAAACUGUGGUUUCCUUUGAAAUCUGGAUUGACCCUCCUUUUGGUAGACUUGACAAUGUUUUGAAUUCAUUGAAUGGGGUUUUCCUGCUCUCCAAAUUUACAGUCUGUCAAUCUCUGUCAUGUUUCUCAAUAUAAUCCUGCAUAUUCUCAAUCUAAAUAGAAGUUGAACAUGAAAUGACUCAGACUGAAUUCCCCUUUUAGAGAUGACUUUUUGUAAGUCAGACAGCCUAGUUAGAAAAGGUACGGUAUAGUUUAUCAUAUGCAAUAUGGGAUUAAGUAUUCAUAGUUUAGUGACUAUAGGGCACCAAAAAAAAUCUAAAUUAACUAAUAAUGAGAUAGUAUUAGGAUGUUCUUUUCCUAAAGCUUGUUUAUUUCAAAGAACACAGAAAAUGAAAGUACAGCGUGGGUUCCCAGGACAUCAAGUGUGGACGUCAAAGUGGAGCAGAAGAGCCCAGUGUCUUUGGAAAACAACAGGUGUGGACGUUCCCAGACAGGGUCGGGAGCAGGACAUGAGGUUUCCAUCACUGCGGUGAAACACCAUGACCAAACAGCAAGCUGUCAGAGGAAGCCGCUCAUUUGCCUUACACUUGCAUGUGGUUCUUCAUCUUUGAAGGAAGUGAAGACAAGAACUUACGCUUGUAUCACUAUGCAUCAAAGGAAGUCAGGACAGGAAGUGAAACAGGGCAGGAACCUGGAGGCAGGAGCUGAUGCAGAGGCCAUGGAGGGUGCUGCUUGCUGGCUCGCUCCCCAUGGCUUGCUCAGCUGCUUUCUUACAGAACCCAGCACCAGCCCAGGGAUGGCAUUGCCCGCAGGGGGCUGGGCCCUCUCUGUCAGUCACUAAGAAAAUGCCCCACAGUUUGCCUACAGGUGGGUCCUAUGGUAGCAUUUCCUCAGUUGAGUCUCCCCCUCUCAGAUAACUAACCUGUAUGAAGCUUGCAUAAAACUAACCAGUGUACUUUGGAUUACAGGUGGUAACAUUCUCCCUACCUUCCUAUAUUUUUUUAAAUUUUUUUCUUCCUUCUUUUUUUUGGUUUCCUGAGAGAGGGUCUCACUAUAUUAACAACCUUAGCUGUCCUGAAACUCUCACUGUGGACGAGUCUGGCCUCAAACUCCCAGCCUCCCGAGUGCUGGGAUUAAAGGACACAGUGACCUAUGAGGAUGUGCAUGUGAACUUCACUCAUGAAGAGUGGGCUUUGCUGGAUCCUUCCCAGAAGAGUCUCUACAAAGAUGUGAUGCUGGAGACCUAUUGGAAUCUCACUUCUAUAGGCUACAAAUGGGAAGAUCAGAAUAUUGAAGAACAUUGUCAAAGUUCUAGAAGACACGAAAGGUAUUUCAUCUGUCCCUCUGGAUACAAACCAUGUGAACAUAAGGGAUAUGAAAAGAAGCAAUGUACCUCUCUCUCUCCUACAACUGUUAGAAGAUAUGUAGUAGUCCCCACUAUGAGUAGACGCGGUGAAUGUGAUACAAACUUGCGGUUAAUUGGUUAUCCAACUACACUGGGAAUACAUCAACAAACUCACAAUGUAAAAGAGCCUUGUGAGUACAAGGAAUGUGAGAAUUCUUCUGUCUGUAUUGGUUCACUUUGCAUGUGGAGUGUGACUCCCGGUAUAGAAAAAUGCUAUGCAUACAAUCAGUAUGGUAAAAUACUGAGUUCUUCCAGUUCUGUUCAAAAAUGUGAUAAAAUUCAUAUGGGAAAUAUAAGUGACAAAUGUGAGUCAUCUACUAAAGGCUUUAACCAUCACAGGUAUCUUCAGACACACAAAAGAACCCAUCAUAAAGAGGAUCUCUUUGAAUGUAAUCAACAUGAGGAAGACUUUAGAUUUGAUUCCUCUUUACAAUUACAUCAAAGAAAUCAUGUGGAAAUAGAACCCUACAAAUAUAAUCAAUGUGGAAAAGGCUUUGCACAUCACAUUUGCUUUCAAGUACAUAGAACUCAUACUAAUGAGCAACCAUGUAAAUGUAAUCACUGUGGUAAAGCCUUUGCAAGUAGCCAUAAUCUCAAAAUACAUGAAAGAAUCCAUACUGGAGAGAAACCCUACAUGUGUGUUCAAUGUUGUAAAGCCUUUGUAAAUCGCCAUAAUCUUAAAGUACAUGAAAGAAUUCAUACUGGAGAGAAACCCUAUAUAUGUGAUCAAUGUGGUAAAGCCUUUGUACAUUUAACUAGUCUUCGAAACCAUGAAAAAACUCAUACUGGAGAGAAACCCUAUGUAUGUAAUCAAUGUGGUAAAGCUUUUGCCUGUCGUAGCAAUCUUAAAAUACAUGAAAGUGCUCAUACAGGAGUGAAACCCUAUAAAUGCAGUCAAUGUGGUAAAGCCUUUGCACAUAACAUUUAUCUUCAAAGGCAUGAAAAAAGUCAUACUGGAUACAAACCAUAUGGAUGUAAUCAAUGUGGUAAAGGCUUUACACAAUUCAAUCGUCUUCAGAAACAUUUCAAAAAUCAUACUGGAGAGAAACCCUAUAAAUGUAAUCACUGUGGUAAAGCCUUUGCAAGUCACAGUAAUCUUCAAACACAUGAAAGAACUCAUACUGGAGACAAGCCCUAUGUAUGUAAUCAAUGUGGUAAAGCCUUUGUAAGUUGCCGUAAUCUUCAAAUACAUGAAAGGACUCAUACAGGAGUGAAACCAUAUAGAUGUAAUCAGUGUGGUAAAGCCUUUGCACAUUUCACUAGUCUUCGAAAUCAUGAAAAAAUUCAUACUGGAGACAAGCCCUAUGCAUGUAAUCAAUGUGGUAAAGCCUUUGCAUGUCGUAGUAAUCUUAAAAUACAUGAAAGUGCUCAUACAAAAGUGAAACCCUAUGAAUGCAAUCAAUGUGGUAAAGCCUUUGCACAUGUCAUUUAUCUACAAAGACAUAAAAGAAGUCAUACUGGAUACAAACCAUAUGAAUGUAAUCAGUGUGGUAAAGGCUUUACACAAUCCAAUUGUCUUCAGAAACAUUUCAAAAACCAUACUGGCGAGAAACCCUAUGAAUGCAGUCAGUGUGGUAAAACAUUUGCAAGUCGCAGUAAUCUUCAAACACAUGAAAGAACUCAUACUGGGGACAAACCCUAUGUAUGCACUCACUGUGGUAAAGCCUUUGUAAGUCACCGUAAUCUUCAAACACAUGAAAGGAUUCAUACUGGAGAGAAACCCUAUGUAUGUGAUCAGUGUGGUAAAGCUUUUGCACAUUUCACUAGUCUUCGAAAUCAUGAAAAAAUUCAUACUGGAGACAAGCCCUAUGUAUGUAAUCAAUGUGGUAAAGCCUUUGCAUGUCGUAGUAAUCUUAAAAUACAUGAAAGUACUCAUACAGGAGUGAAACCCUAUGGAUGUAAUCAGUGUGGUAAAGUCUUUGCACAUAUCAUUUAUCUUCAAAGGCAUGAAAGAAGUCAUACUAGAGAUAAACCAUUUAAAUGUACUCAGUGUGGUAAAGGCUUUACCCAAUUCAAUCGUCUUCAAAAACAUUUCAGAAGUCAUACUGGCGAGAAACCCUAUGAAUGUAGUCAGUGUGGUAAAACAUUUGCAAGUCGCAGUAAUCUUCAAACACAUGAAAGAACUCAUACUGGGGACAAACCCUAUGUAUGCACUCACUGUGGUAAAGCCUUUGCCAGUCGCCGCAAUCUUCAAACACACGAAAGGAGUCAUACUGGAGAGAAACCCUAUGUGUGUGAUCAGUGUGGUAAAGCCUUUGUAAGUCGCAGUAAUCUUAAAAUACAUGAAACUAUUCAUACUGGAGAGAAACCCUAUGUGUGUAAUCAAUGUGGUAAAGCCUUUGCACAUAUUGUUUAUCUUCAAAGGCAUGAAAGAAGUCACAGUGGAGACAAACCAUAUAAUUGUAAUCAAUGUGGUAAAGCCUUUGCAAGUCACAGAAACCUUCAAAUACAUGAAAGAAUUCAUAUUGGAGAAAAACCCUGAGUGUAAUUGAUGCACUAAAACUUUGCAGGUCAGGAUAAUCUUCAAGCAUAUCAAAGAAUAAUGAGAAAUCCUACAAAUGCCAAUGUGGUAAUGCCUCUUUAUGUUACAUCUACUUCAAAGACAUAAAGAAUUAUUCCUGGAGAGACACACCAUGAAUCUAGAAAAUUUAGUAAAGCUUUGCAUGGUCUCACUGGUGCUCAAAUGGGGGUAGUAGCACCAUUCCAUCGGCCAAACAGUAUCUUUUUUUUUUUUUUUUUUUUUUUUUUUGGUUUUUCG